AUGACCGUCCCUGGGCCAAGGCGGAGUGAGCAGCUGCUGUUCCUGGGCCUCAUGGCCGUCGCGGCAGCGGUCAUCUCCCUGCUGUUCUACGCUCUGCUCUGGAAGACCGGCAACCUCGCAGACUUGCCCCACCUCAGAAUCGGCUUCUACAACUUCUGCCUGUGGGACGAGGGCACGGGCUCCCUGCGGUGCCACCAGUUCCCUGAGCUGGAGGCCCUGGGCGUGCCGCGGGUCGGCCUGGCCCUGGCCAGGCUGGGUGUGUACGGGGCCCUGGUCCUCGCGCUCUUUGUCCCCCUGCCUCUCUUCCUGGCCCGGUGCAACAGCAGCGAGGGAGAGUGGCAGCUGGCGGUGGGCUUCCUGGCCAUGUCUUCUCUGCUGCUGGCCAGUGGCCUGGGCCUCUUCCUCACCUACACCUGGAAGUGGCUCAGGCUCUCCCUCUUGGGGCCUGGGUUUUUAGCUCUGGGCACUGCCCUGGCCUUACUUGUCCUCUUGCUUAUGGCCACGGUCAUGUUCCCUCAGAGGGCGGAGGACAAGAGCAAGCUGGACAGCUUCUAGUUCUAUCUAAAGGCUUACAUGAUUGCAAGAGUUCAGUUUGAACCACGCUCAGAGAAAGUGCCAGAAAAUUGAGGUGUUAGUAUGUCCUCUCAGCCUGUUUCAUAGGGAAUGCUGAUCUCAAGCCCUAGCAGAUGGGCCCCACCCCAGAGAAAGGGGGGUGCCCAGUGUCCAGAAGGCCAGGAGGCAGCAAUGGUGGGACAACCUUUGUGCAGGUUUGUCCUUCCUGUGGGACUUCUGAGGUUUCCAAGGACACCCCAGACCAUGUAGCUCCUUGUCCAGAGAACUCCUGUAACGCACUGAUCUGAGCAAGCCUUUCUUACUUCGUCCUCAGGAGGACAGGGAGAGGAUUGCCCUCACGAGGCCUGAUUGCCAGGGUAAUUGGCCAUAUAUCAAACUGGAACCCAGGAAAGGUUUAUGUCAAUAAAUGGGGAACAUUAUGAGAGAGAGAGUGUGCCUCAGUGUCCCUUGGGGCCCUGGUUAGCAAGCUCUCCCUCCCGGGGUGGGUGUGACGUGCGGAGCCCCUCUCCUGAUACCACUCCUGAAGGCCCAGGAGGGACCCCUCAAGGGAUUCACCACAGACAGAACCCGUGGGCACAAACAGAAGCCUCAGAGGCUUUGAGGGCUCUCCUGGAAAGGCUCUGGGACCUAAGGCCAGAUGCCGCAGGGGCGGCAGCGGGCAAAUCAUUCCUCGCACGUGCCCUGGGAGUCGGGAACAGAAUGUGCCACAUCCCAGGGCAAGAGAGGAAGGCGCACGGAGCCGCCCGACGUACAGAGGCUGCACCUCCCUCUUCACUCCUCCACCGGGAACUGCAAAGGAUAAAAGCACAACCUUCGCCUUGGGGGACUGUAUUUCUCCGCAUCUGCAUAUCAGAAAACCCGGACAGCGAACGACAGCCCCAUUCCAUGCCUGUCCGGAGCCACCCUGAACAGAGACAGAAAUGCGGACUCUGCCGGGAUCUGGUCCGCUGUCUCCCCGGACUCCUGGGCCACUCUUGCUUCACAACUGCCCUGGGGCCGAGGCUGAGCCGCCGAGUAGAAGGAAGGCGGCCGCACGGGGGGUGCAGAGGCCUUCCAGUCCAGAGCCAGGCAGAGGAGGGCACUGCGGGCGGGUCACCUGCCUCCCGGGCUGCACAGGUGAGGGGAACUCGGUUUAGAAGCUUCCUCUGCAGGGAGAGAUCACGUUGACGAAACGGUCAGGUUUCUUGUGAACUUAGCAGCCGUACUCUUUCUUCUUUCAAAGUUAUUAAGUUGACUCUUUGGUUCCAAUAAGUGUGACCCCCAUGUCCACCUUUCCCUGAACCAGGGAAGUGAAUAAAGCCAGACCCUCUGAGCAGAGGAGGGUCA